GACGAGUUGUGCGUAUUCCCACACAUCACCAUCACAGCUCGUCGUGCUGGCACCUCAAUGCGGGUAAAAAAUAGCAUGUCCAAAAAGUCGACCAAAAAUCUCACGGCGGGUAAGAACAUUGGAACGCGCGGGGCUAGUGUGAGACACACCACGGCAAUGCAGUUAAGACAUGACAAAAGACAAAGAGUGGCGUUGCUGUCCUCUUCCUCCAUGCUAAGUAAGUAAGUUGUACAUGUCUCAUUCGGAUUUGAUGCCUAUUCUGUAACAAGAUAGAAGAGGAGAGAUACUUGUUCUAUCGUACAAUAUUUAAGUCCUCUAAUUUUUGCUCUUGCGAAGAGACGAAAGAAUGACGAAGGCAAGUCGCGGCAGAGUGUUCGUUUAAUUGGCGACUUGCAUCAGAAGAUAUCGACGCAGAAGGAUCUACGUUCACGUACUACGGCGACCCUUCAGCUAGUUAAGGCUUGAGGAAAUCGUCCAUCUUCCCAAUCAUCUUUGUCUUCCUGUUUGUGAAAGGAACAACUACAGGGGCCGGGAGAUGCUCACCGGGAUGGAUUUCUGCAAGUUCUAAGCUUGGCAACGCUGUGAGCGCGCGAGCCAGAAAGAUGAUCACAGAGGCUAGAUUGUCCACACCUCGUGAUGGCGAGGCCACGUCGGAAUAUGCACAAAAGAAGAUGCGGCCAACAAGUUUGGGGAAAAACGUGACAUUAAGAGGACUGAAGUUAUUAAUUCAUCUUUGACUGCAUCCUUCAAACGUAUGGGGGAGUGUGACAGGGUCAGGGAAAUACUCUCCGAUACUACUUUUCAAGGAUGCAGCUGAUAGAUGAAAAAUUGCGAAGAACUCUAAUGGCAAUUAUGUCGCGAGGAUCGUGGUCGAAAUCGCCGAGGUCUGUAACUAGUCCAAGAACUGUAACUAGUUCCAGGGCCACUAGUCCUGGUAUCAGGGCGCCGAAGCGGAGCUCCAGGACCAAAAAGGAAGAGCAAGAAGUGACACCACGACCACAUUACAUGACACCACGAUCCAGGGAUCGUCUAGCUGCAGCUUCGCCAGAUAGUGCGUCUCCGUCGGCAAGAAAAACUGCGUCUCCUUCGGCAAGAAAAAGUGCGUCUCCGUCGGCACGAAAAAGUGCGUCUCCGUCUGGAAGAAAAAGCGCGUCGCCAUCAGGAAGAAAAAGUGCGUCGCCAACUGGAAUAAGAAAAGCUUCACCGUCUAUUAGUAUCCUCUCGCCAAGUAGGUCGCUUGCAGCGAGGACCCAAGCGUUACCGAAACCGAAGAACGCAGCAG